GACAGGCGGCGGAGUGCAGUGGAUAGGAUGAAGGGGCAGAGAAGCGUCUCCUUUUUAUUAUUCAGUCUCUCUAGACAGCAAGUGCCAUGCUGGACUCUCAGGAAUCCUGGUGUUCUCUCUUAUAGCCUGUAGAACUUUUGUCUUGAUCGGUUCGUUUCAUAGUGGACUUUUCUGAAACUUGGCUUCUUUUUAAAUUUGUAUAGUUGGUGCUUUUCAUGUCACCAAAAUUCGAUUACUUUAAAAGCUUGUAAGCAUUAUAUUCACAUACAGAAUGUUGAAUUGGACCUAACGUGUGGAAAGUUCUUGUUGUUUUUUUUUUGGGCUAAACUUUUAUGCAUCAACAAAUACCUUGUAACCUUUAAAUAAUGUGCUUAAUAUUAAAAAUAGCUCAUGCUAAGGAUCUGUGGAGUUUGAUUUAUGCUUCAGGUUAAAGACACUUCCAGAAUCUUUGAUGACAUCAUAAAAUGUCAGGCCAUGAACGUUUACAGCGUGACGCUCAGCGGGCCGGCGCCGUGGGGUUUCCGACUCCAGGGAGGGAAGGAUUUCAGCAUGCCUCUCACAGUGUCCAGGCUGACUCCCGGAGGAAAGGCAGCUCAGGCAGGAGUCGGAGUGGGAGACAGCGUGGUGUCUAUUGAAGACUCCAACGCUGAGGAGAUGACACAUGUUGAGGCACAAAACAAAAUCAGAGCAGCAGUGGACUCCCUCACUCUGACACUCAACAGAACGUACCUGUCUAGCGGAGAGCAGAAGACAUCGCUUCCUACUCCACCCCCUAAGUACUCCUUCACACCCAGCACCACCAUAAACAAGAUGGCACGUCCGUUCUCCACCUCCGCUAAUAACUCCAGCACAAGGCCCAGCAUCAAACCGGUGGAGUACACGGCCAAACUUAACGCCAGCACAAAUAACACCAGCACUCCGCUUUCAGGCAGCAUGUUCCCCUCGCAGAACGGCCACGGCGUUACUCCGUGCCCCAACAAACCUGUGGCAAAGCCCGAAGGUGCACGAGCUCAAGCUCCUAAAUCUUCCACCGUGUCCGGAGGUUCCAGUCGCCCGCCCUGGGUGACGGACCCGAAUUUCGCCGAACGCUAUCGGCCAGACAAGACGAGCACAGUGGUGACGCAGCACACGCAGCCGGCGCAGCCGACACCAGAGCAGAACCGCAGCUCCAUCCUCCAGGCCGCGCAGCAGAACCCGGAGCACGAGUCUGGACGCACGCCGCUCUGCGCCGCAUGCAACAAGAUCAUCAGAGGUCGCUACGUGGUGGCUCUGGGCCGCUCCUGGCACCCAGAGGAGUUCACUUGCUGUCAGUGCCGAGACGUGCUCGACGAAGGAGGCUUCUUUGAGGAAAAAGGCUCAGUUUAUUGCACCAAAUGCUACGACAAUCGCUACGCUCCCAACUGCGCCAAGUGCAAGAAGAAGAUCGCUGGAGAGAUCAUGCACGCCCUGAAGAUGACCUACCACGUCCAGUGCUUCGUGUGCGCCGCCUGCAAGAGGCCCAUCAGAAACCAGGCUUUCUACAUGGAAGACGGCGAGCCUUACUGCGAGAUAGACUACGAGAAGAUGUUUGGUACUAAAUGUCAUGGCUGUGACUUUAAGAUCGAUGCUGGCGACCGCUUCCUGGAAGCUCUAGGCUACAGCUGGCACGACACGUGCUUCGUCUGUGCGCUUUGCCACGUCAACCUGGAGGGCAAGACGUUCUACUCGAAAAAGGAUAAGCCUUUGUGUAAAGGUCAUGCCUUCUCUCCACUCUGAGCAGCAGCACAGAUCCACGGGAACCGAAGCAGGACGAACCAGAGCGAAACACAGAGGAAAAUCCGACAGCAAGGCUUAAUGAUGACCAGAAAUUUCUGUGUAGUAAUGGACUAAUGUUUAAAAAACAAAAAAAAAAACACUUUUUUGUUCAUCUGUUAUAAUGAGACUUUAAUUGUUUUUAAAAAGAGAAAUAAUAAUAGGAAAAAAUGAUGUUUAUGGGUUUUUCCCGACAGAGACGAUUAGGCCAGUCGUGAGCCGUAUAGCCAGGAAAUGUCAGGGAGGUAAAACCUUCACCAUCCCGGCAGCACAGGACAGCAGAUCAUCAUCAUCAUCACUGUCAGUGUUUAUUUAGAAAACCAGGUAAUAAUUCACCUUGAGCAGUGUUGCUUAUUGAUAUCGAGCAGUUAGUUACCAGAUAGAGACGCAGAUUCCAGGCUAAAUAAGACUUUUCACUCGCUUUCCCCUCUCUCUGAUGGCUUGAGCUCCUUUUUUCUGUCAUACCCAGACGGCCUAACGUCUAAAUCACAGAUUCGUGUUAUUGUUAUUCAUCAGAGAAAGCUCACGUUAGGACCGGGAAUAAUCUCUAGCCCUGGUCCGAGGUGUGACAUCAUCUCUAAGACUCCAUCAGCGUAGCCCUGCACGUCCCCACACAACCCUCAGUCCUCCAUCCCUGUGUGCCGGGGUACUUAAAGUAAUGGCAAAACCCACUGAAGAAGAAAAAUGAGCCUCUGGCAGCCGAACAGCACUGCAUUAGCGCUGAUUGCGAGAGGUUCAUAUUGACCCGAGCGACGAUCUUUACGUGCCUCGUAUACCAAGUGACUCCUCUAAUCCUACAGGUACCUCUAAUUAACAAAAGGCUGAGGGGCAGCGUGAGCCGAGCUCAUUUUCCCAGCAUGAAUUUCCAUGAUUUUAUUUUUUUUUAACGAAAAGGCUUUUGCUGAUCAAAGAAACAGACAGACACCACGAUGCCUCCGUCAAAGAGAGCACGCUGCCUCCCUGAUCACACGACUUUGCUCAUUUCUUAAAUUUUAACAUCUCUAAGAUCUUGCUAACAUGCGGCCGGCGUUGUUUCGGUGAACCGGACGGUCAUUAGUGUCGUCAUCGUCGUGGUGCUUCAUCUCAGUCCUACCUACAGGCCUCCCCUUGGCUCUAGCACCCUAGUCAUCUAAUUACAAGGUCAUUAAAGGGAAUCCGCAGCAUGUUGUUCAGCAGAAUAUAUAUUUCAGACAGAUCCUCGAGUUCCUGACACGGCCGUCUGUAUCCUAGAGCCAAGUUAGUAAAUUCGACGUAAGCCGAUCGUCCGCAUCUGUAAGCUGGCGUAUGUGGAAGAGAGCAGCGUGGGUUGUUUGGUUUCACUCACCGUCUCAAACGAAGCUCAGGCUCAUCUUUAUUACCGGACCGUACCACGUCCCGUAUCUAUCUGUUCCUGUUUUAGACAGUAAGGUCAUCACCGAAAGCAUAUCAGAGCUUUAACCUAGCGGACACGUCACCUAAAUUAGCCGCCCUGCCUCAUUACAAGCUCUUAAUGAGUCGGCUGACGUGCGAUCGGACGACGGCCCGAGCGUUUAAUGUUAACCUUGAGGUUAGAAUCUGAGGACGGGUCUUGAUGUCUGUGCAAUGCAGAGGAAAAUCUGAGAUUGUGAUAUUUAUGGCACGUUGAUGACGACGGUGCAGAGAACUCAAAUAAUGGAGACGUUAGCCUUCCAGAAUGCAUUGUGGGUAAUGUAGGAUAUACACAAGUUGUUCAGGGUGUUUUUAUUUUGAUUUUUUUUUCUUGCUUCCCUCCUAAACCUUUCUGAUCUGCGUAUCCAGAUCUUUAUCCCAUCAAAGUUCCUCCUCUGUUCUCCGCACACGCUCGCUAUCGCUAAUCGCAUCCUUCAGGUAGUCAUACAAGCUAACGUGUGUGAUUAGAAAUGCAUGAGGCUUAAAUACUGCUGCUUUCUAAACUUCAACAUCCUUUAUAGCCGGACAGAAGUGUAGUCAGUGUUCUGUGUCGCUGCUCAGUUUCAGUAUUCAAAACCCUCCCGUGCCGCCGUCGCCCUGAGGUUGUAGUUCACACGCGUGGAUCACAAGUACAGGAUUCCUCCAUCACUCUAAAACACCAUUUAUUUGUUUUAUUUACCUCCCUUGUAUUGAAAGUAUUCGAUGUAUCAAGUUUGCCUCUUCAUCAGUAGCUUUGCACCUCCAGAUAUUCGCGUCACGAUGUGUCUCCGUAUCGAUAAACGUAAAACUGCUGUAUUCUUUCUCACGUUAGAGACGUUUUUAUCCGAAUCUUUAUAGUUUAAGAAGAAACGAAUAGAUCAUGUUAUUGUACGUUAAUAAAGAAAACAAAACUUCACACACGCUAAAA